AUGUCUAGUGCUUCAUUCAUCAGUACAGAAACAUUCAAUAUCAGAAGAAGAUGGUGUUCAGGGAAUUCCUUCAUACUGCAAGCUUCACUGUGGAGCAGAAAGUAUGGAGUAAUUGCACUACCUGUACUUCCAGAAGUAGACAACAGGGCAAAAUACAAGUCCCCAUGCACAACUGUUAAAGGACAUCAGCUUUAUGGUAGUGGUGUAGACCCUUGGUCAAGGAUAAACCUUCCCACUGAGCAAUAUUAUGAUGUCACCCAGCUGACAAAAAGUGAUGUGCAUAUGAAUGAGGAACUGCUUCAUAAACCACCAGACAUUUUGGUUAAACCACUGUGCCUGCCAUUUCCCACGCCCCAUCCCUACCAGACACAUAUCUCUAGGUACACCAUGCUCCCAAAUUUCAGAUCACCUGAGGAUCAAGACACUGGGAUUGAUGCAAGCACACAGCCUUUCCAUCCCAAUACCUCUACCAAAGCUUUUGAUGUGAUUGUUCAAAGGAACACCAUAGAUCCACGAGGUCAGUCUCCCAAGUUUCCUACAUUUGCUGAAGAGAAGGGUCAAAUAUACUAUCCAAAUCCAACAAAGAUAGUGGAUGCCUCCAGUUCCACUUUUAAAGAGCUAGGACAUAACAUCUCUCCAAGAACAACCAAUAUGCUACAAAAUAGUGAGAGGGCUCUGGGCAUCACAACACACAGCUGGGACUUUACAGGAAGAGGUCCUAUGAAACCCCUUAUCCUGGAUUACUAUUACUUGACAGCAGUUGGCAGAUUAGCUUGAGAACUAGGUGAAGACAUGGAACUAGUAAAAACAUUUCUGCCUAGCCUCUCCCAAGUGAGAACUCUUGGAGGGCACACUGCACAUUUACUUCGAGGUUGGUGUCCCCAUGGGUCAAUUCUGCAAGAACAGUAUUCCUCCAGUGUUGAGAUGCCUCUGCCUUUAUUAUCUGGACACAAGGCUGCCAAUAAACAAACAAGGCCUGAACUUGAAUCCCUUCCAAAAUCUGCAUGUUCCCUUUCCAAAGAAGACUUCAAGCCCAGAUAUUUGGAUUUACAUACAGUAUAGGAAAAUCGAGCUAGUCUGAGUAAGCCAGGCUUACCACUGCUAAGGAGUGAGGAAAGUAGAAUUUUGUUGCAUGACCUUUGGAAUCAAGAAGCAUGUCAGCCUGCAUGAAGACCAGAGGACGGGCCAUGAAGGACAGCACCACCUGAAUGGAUCCCUACCUGUGAGGUUCCUGAGUGCCAAACAGCACUGCUGCAGCUGCAGCUUUUCUUCUCUAAGAGAGCAACCCAAAAAUGUUGUCAUGAUUCCAUAAGAGGAGAGACAAAAGACCUCAGAGAUAAUAAGUGA